CUUACAGCCAUUUUUUUAUAAAAUAGUAAAAAAUGUUACGAGUAGUUUAAUGUAACCAACUUCUACAACCAUGUUUUCCUACUUAAAUUUAGACUUCUCUAAAUUAAGAUGCGGGUAAGAAAGUCCUAAACAAUAAAAUGGACCAGCCAAUGUCGAUGAAGGAAAGCUACGCGGAGCGCAGACAACUGUUCAAGGAUAUCUGGGAGACUUCUAAUCAUAUAGAUGAGACAGAGGAUAUCAUGACCAAGCCCAAAGUUAUAAAGACCCUGAGAUUAAGUGAAGUGGAUCAGUGUAUAGCUAAGAAGAAAAAACAGAAAAUUAAAAACCUUCGAACAGUUUGCACGAAGUUGUUGGAUUUUUGCGAUAAACAGGAAGCAGAUGAUUUGUACUACAAGCAGAUGGCGAUAAAAGGGGCUACCAACUCGUCAACUCCGCCAGUCAAAGAGAUAGAAAGAAAAAUAAUAAAACCGAAAAAGAAAAUAAAAAAAACGAAAAGCUUAUUCGCACCAUCUGUCGACGCUGGAUCACAUACAGUUGGCACAACUCGUAUACAACGGCAGUUACCAAAAAGUAAAUCAAGAAACACCUCUCCUUCAAUAGAGAAACGGACAAACAAUUCAAUUGCGACUAGUAAAUUAUUAAAAAACAAGCCCAAUAAUUCUAGUGUAACACGUCGGGUUAAAAAGAAAGGAAACAAGAAAAGUACUUAUUUAAAAAGACCAAAAGACGACGUAUCUGCGUACGAUGAUAAUAAUACGAUUUAAGUAUAGGUAACAAACACUACGAGUAUCACGUGAACGCAUACUUAAUUAUUAAACUUGAAACCAUAUUUUAUGUGCUGUUUACUAACAAACAAAUUAAAAAAAAAAAAUGAGGGUAUACAUCGCUAGUCAUUUCUCACCUUAUAAUAAUUAUAAUUAACUUGUUGUUAUAUCAAUGGCAAUAAAUUAAAUUAAUAAGCUUAGAAUGAUUAGAUAUAGUUAAUAUAUUUUCAAUAACAUUUUAUAAAACAACAAUACUUAUUUUAAAAUAAAUAAGUUAUGAAAUGACAGGUGUUUUGUACCUUCAUUUCCUGUUUCCGACCAUCGUCGGUCUCUAAAUGCCAAAGACCUUAUACUUA